AUGUCAAUUCAUUCUAACCAGGGCGAUAGUAGUUCAUCUUAUUCAGACGAUGAUUCUGCUAACAGUCCAUUAGCUCCUCGUAUAAAUAUUAACGAAACCAUUGAACUUUUACAAAAACCAAGCAUUACUGACCUCCAAUUAUAUCUUCAUCUUGGGUGUGUUUACAUUUCAGAUAAUGAAGAAGAUUUAAAAACUCGGUAUAAUGUAGAUUGUGAUUUAUGGACUGCAAAAGAAAAUACUUUUGAAAAACUAGUUACAUGUUUUAAAGAAAUUAAAAAAUAUUGUAGUGAUUUUAGAGGAAAGCCUUGGGUUGAAAUGGUUCAAUUAAUUGGAGAUAUAUUUAAUAAGUUCCAAGAUAUACAAUCUACUUAUGAUGACAUGAUUAAUAUUGCUGAAAAAAUGAUUCAAGUAGAAAAGAGCAAUAUGAUAGCAUUUAGUGAAUAUAAAUCUCAAUUUUGUUAUUGGUUGAAUGUGCAAAUAAAAGAUGCUGUUACAUGUGCUGAAAAAGCUAAGAAACCUCUAUCAAAUGAAUUGAAACAAUUAUUUAGCGAUAAUGACAAAGAACUUAAGGAGAUAUCGGAUGAAAAUUCUAGGAGAACUAUUGAUCACGAAAAUGAAGUGCAUAGGAGAGGGUGGAUGAAUGCCAGAAAAAAUAUUAAAUACGCUGGUGAUACGAAUAAACUUUCAAAAGGGGUCCAUACUGCAAUAGUUGUCGUAAGAAAUUUAGAACGUGCUUGGAUUAAUUUUUCAACGGAUCUUACGUCAUUAGAGAAACAAUUGAAUUGUGCAGGAAAAGAAUGUCCUUCUUUUGCAAGACCGACGCAUGUUAGAACCGCAAAAGAAAAAUGGAAACUAGUGGGUAAGGAAUAUAGAGAAUUAGUGACUGUUGAAAUUGUCGAUUUUGAUUCUAUGAUACAAAAUAUGUAA